AUGCUGGGUCAUUCCAAUGGUUCGGGGACAGGCAAGGGACCUACUGCUAAGAGAUCUCCAUCCAUUUUAGUUACGGAUGUGCGUUCUAAUUCAGUUAAAGGUGCUAGGGCUCCAUUUGCCGGUCACAAUUAUACAAAACAGCAGCAGCAGCAGCAGCAGCAACAACAACAACAACAACAGCAGCAACAACAACAGCAUCAGCAUCAGGCCCCACAUGGGUCUCAUGGGUCUAACAACUUCAAUUUACGAAGAAGACACUCAUCUCGAGCAAACAGAUACACGGAUAUAUCUGUUGACAAGCUCUUGAGAAAUUCGAGUGACAUACCGUCUGGUCAAAGCCGUUUACCGCCGCUAUUCAAUCGAAGAUCACCUAGCUUACUACCACAACGCAGCUUAUCACCAACUCCCAAUCAAGAAACGAUUCGUCGAAAUAUAAGAAGUAUACCCAAUCUUUCUCAGCCUUUACCUACUAGAACAUCCAAAACAUCCCAGAAGUUAGUACUUAUUCCCGAUGAGCAUCGACAGAAUGGAAUGAGUCCACCACAGGUGGUUCUGCCUCCAUUGCAAUCCCCACAGGGCUUAACCGCAGAUUUGCAGGCACAAAUCCAAAGGUCAAGAGCUGAACUAAUGCCCAAAGAAACAAGAGCUCAUGAAUUUAGUAGAAUGACGGCAUACUUUAUAUGUGAGGAGUUCAAUCUCAGACCAAUCGCAAAAUUUUUGAGAGCAAAUCAUGAGGUGAAACCAAGAUUUUAUGACGAAGCCUUAUAUGUACCGUAUUCUCUUCCUUUACUUCCAGGCAAUGAAGGAUUCAGAGUUCGAUCUAAUAAUACUGCGAAGUCUUUACCAGGGAAGAGAUACAUGGAGAAAAUGAUAAAGAAAAGUGAACAAACCGAUCAUCUAUAUGAAUAUUAUUCUGGUGUGGAAACUCCAGAAGAUGCAAAUAAUUAUUCGAUGGAUCCUGAAAAUGAGAAUUUUGAAAAUAAUGCUCCUUUUGACCCCUCUGAGCCCCAAUUCUUCGCUCCACCAUUGGAAUCAACUGUGUCAAGCGAAGAAGGGGUGUCUUCCGAAGAUGAAGAUAAUGCAAGCUCAAAGAAAAGCCCAUUAGAUUCAGGAACGGAACAAUCAUCGCAUACUUCUGAUGAAAGACCACAUCAACUGGAAAGCCCUCAUGUUGAAGUAUCCAAAAACCACGCGGAAAUGUUCAUCUUUGCUUACGGUAUCGUGGUAUUCUGGAACUUUUCAGAAAUACACGAAAAGAAUAUAUUGGCUGAUCUUGCAUUUGCAUCCGAUAAGCCUGAGCCUUUAUUGAUAAACCCAAUAAAUGAACAAGAUAUCGAGACCGAAGAGUUCCAUUUUGAAUAUGACAAUCAAAUCCAUAGACCAAGAAUUUACAACGAUAUGAUCACCCUUAGAUCAGGUGACCACUUGAUCAAGUUAACAAUGUCUCAUGCCAUUGCUCAACUGACCAAGUUAUGCUUAUUUGAAAGUCGAAUGGUUCAUAAUCUUCAACUGAUUGCCAAACUCCCAAAAAAAUUGGCAUUGACUGGACGUUUAGGUUUGAGAAGGCAACAAUUAUUGAAAAAAUCAGGGAAACUAUUCAAAUUGAGAGUUGAUGUUAACCUAUCAAGCUCUAUCUUAGAUACCCCAUCUUUUUUCUGGUCUAUAGAACCAGCAUUGCAUCCUUUAUAUACUGCUGUUCGGGAAUAUCUUGAAAUUGAUCAAAGAGUUCAGGUUUUGAACGACAGAUGUAAAGUAUUCUUGGAGUUUCUGGAUAUCGUUAGUGAUAGUAUGAAUGAAACAAACACUAAUAGAAUAACCUGGAUGAUUAUAGUAAUAAUUUUCAUCAGUCUUGGGGCUACUUCAUCGAGAUAUGAACAGAUGUCCCUUCCAUCCAAGUACGCGCCGGAAGGCUUGAGCCAUGAGGACCAAGGAAGGACGAUAACUGUUGGACAGAAACGAGAACCCAGACCAAUCAAGUAUUAUGUCAGGACGAUCGAAAAUCGAGUAAACGAAGCAUUGAAAUCUUCCGAAGCCAACCAAAUAAACGACAUUGAAAUGGUUCCAAUGGACGGGUUUGAUGAAGUUGAUAUAAUAUCACAUUUUGUCACUGAGUCAAGACACAGACAAUCCUAUGAUGACAAUGAUUUGGAAAUAGAUGAAUCUCAAAGCGACAAAUUCGAAAGAUCAGGUAAUGUUUCUUACUUGGUUAUAGACACAAAUUUCAUUUUAUCUCAUUUAAAAAUACUCAACGAUUUGAAAAGUAUUGGUGAAGAAUACGGGUUAGUAUUAAUUAUACCAAUUACUGUGGUCAAAGAAUUGGAUGGGUUAAAAUCGGAAAAUAAUAUUGGUUUGGUUAGUAAAGAUGGCCUUUCUACCAAAUCAGUUGGUCAUUUAGCAAGAUGGGCAAAUGAAUGGAUAUAUUCAUCAUUAGCUACCAACAGCAAUGUCGUGAAGGGCCAAAGGCUAGAUCAACGUUUAGAUAAAACCGUAACCCAAGAUGAUGCAAUUCUAGAUUGCUGUUUAUACUUUAAAAAAUCGUAUCCUAACACUCUACAAGUUUUAUUAUCCAAUGAUAAAAAUUUUUGUUUGAAAGCAUUAAGUAAUGAAUUACUAACAAACUAA